AUGCUUGACAGUGAUAACGGGAACAAGUAUGAAGAGGCCGAACGUGAACUUUUGACUGCGGCCAAGAGAUACAUGAGAUCAUCUCCCCACGACCCGAAGGUGCACCGUUACCCCGCCGCCACCGAGGACACGUGGAAUAGAGAAGCGAUAGGACUGGGUCUGAGGGACAUCCGGAACAACAAGCUUCCCUCAUUCAUUGCUGCUGAUUCACCUACCGGUACAAACAGAGUACCGGUACCCGUGGCCAUUGGUUUGGGUCUUGGGACUGGUUUUGGUAAGAUGCAUAUUCUAACCGAGGCUCCUGGCAUCCUAGGCGUUACCAGCAGCGUCUAUAUCACCUACAAUCAUCAACAACAACUUGGAAAAGACAAGAAACAACAAGGAAAGCAACCUUUCUAUGGCUGAUUCUGGCGAGUCAUUGGUGCGGCUCCCUUGCGUGUGCGAAUUCUUUUCAGGAUCCAACUUCAGCGCAGUUCUUCGAAGCUUCGCCUAUGAGCCUUGAAGAACUGGCUAUAGCCACAUUCCGAAAGGUGGCACAAGAUAGAGGCAUUUUGUUGGCCGCAGACGAAGUAGCACAACUUGGCACGGAGGCUGCACAGCAGGUUGUUUCGCUCCUGGCGAAUUUGGGCACUCGUUAUUCUAAGGCUACAGAAGCCUUAUGUACGGUUUUGAUCUCGUCGUUGAACGAUGCAGUGUUCAGCGGAAGAGGAAUAAUUGACUGGGUACUAGCUCGCGCAAAUUUCGAAACGAUUGAAUUUUUCCAAAGACAAUUGGAAAGACCGGGGGUGCAGGCCCACUUUGGUGCCCUUGCCAAAGCCAUAUGCGGU